ACUGCUAGAUUUCUAACAAUAUAAUAAAUCAACAAAUAUAGUUAUUAACUAUUAAAUAUUAUUGCUCUAUAAAACCAGUUCUGAUAUGAAAACAGUUUACUUAAAUCGUACAUACUGUUCCUAAAAUGUGUUCAAGUUGCCCCAUUAUAGUUUUUUAUUAUCAUGUCCGAAAUAAUUGAUUUGGAAUCCAACAACCUCUGUACAACUGAGGACGCAUUCGAAAAGUUUCAAGUAGUAUCGAUGUAUGAAGAAGAUGAAUACAUAACACUCUCUGAUAUUUUGUCGCCUCCGGGAUCUGGCAAUAAUGAGUCCGAUAUUAUAAACGUGCCAAGUGACCAAGUCUCAGAACAGAUGCAAAAUCCAAGACAAAAAGUAAACCUCUCAUUAAUUGUUCAAGAAAAUGAGGAUCAAGAAGAGACUCCUCAAAGCAAAACCAGGGUAGACACGAAAAGGGAUGUUCCUAAAUUAAAAGGGAGAAUAAAGACAUAUGGUAAGCGGUCGAGUCUAACUAAGAGUAUUGGAAAAGAUUCCCUCGAAACAUCUACGAUUACUCGUGGAAAUGAUAAUACCACUUCCUCUUCAAAGAUAAAUAGUGAUUUAAAUUAUGACAUGAUAAUAGGAGAAGAAAACUCACAAUCGGACUCGGUCAAUCAGUUGAAAGACCAACCAAAUCCAAAUAAAAUAUCCAAAAAAAAAUUGUCCAAGAGAGGUAGACCUUCAAAGCUUAAAACAAAAAUGGAUAAUUUAACUGAUACACCAGCUGAUGAUGAAAAUAAAAAAGAUAACAGAAAAAGAAGAAAAAAACUCUCAGAUAUACCUAUAAUUUCUGAACCUUUAACUAAUUAUGAAAAAAAUUUAGUUCCUAGGAGGAAUUCUGAUAAUGAUAAAUUAGAAUUUGAAAAAUGUAAAGAAAAAGCUUUGGAAGAUAUUUUUAAGGUAGAUGAACCAGAGAAAGUGAACUCAAGUAAUAAUAUUGAAAUAAAAAAUGAUGAUCUUAAUGAGGAAGAUAUACCUUUAGUAGCAUUGAGUUCUAAGAAUAACAAGAUUGCCCAUUGUGCUGUAAAUAAUUUAGAAAUAAGCAUAGAUACUAAACAAAAAUCAUUAAAUGAUUCAAAUAUUACUCAUACAGUAGAAUCUGGCCUUUUAACUGAGAAAUCGCCUAAAAAGCGCGGUAGACCAAAAAAAGUUAAUACAGACAUUUCUGAAGUUAAAUUAAAUGUCAUUGAAAAGGAAUUUGAAGAGAAAGUUUCUAGUGCUGUUGAUGAAAGUUUGCAUAACCUAAAUAGUGUACCAGAAAAAUCUGAUUUAAAUAGUUGUCAAAUAGAGGAACAUCUUGUGCCUAAAGAUUCUAUAAUACCAGACUUGAAAGAACAUUUACCAUAUGAAUGUCUUGCUAAAAGAAGUUUAAAAAAGCCAACGAUGUCUGACUUUGAAUAUAACAUUGACAGUAUUGUAAAACUUGAUGAUCAAUUAGAAAAAUCUGGUUCAGAACAUAGUGAGAAUAUUGAAUCACUUAUAAAAGAAUCAUCCAGACCUGUGCGUCGGAGAGCUAAAAAAAACUUUGAUUAUGAUGAAGGAUCAGAUGAGGACCCUUUUGCAAAUAUAGAAUCAUCUGAUGAUGAGUUACCAAAACGGAAAAAAGGCAAUAAAUAUCUUUCUGAUGAUGAGUAUAUCCCAGGAAAUAAGAGGCAACAGAUAGAUUUAUCAGAUAGUGAUAUUGAUGAAGAGGAAGAGUUUGCCAAACUAAAGAAAAAAAAAGUUAGAAGAUUAGAUAUAGGAUUGCCUAACAAAAGCCCUAAGAAAAGAGGUCGAAAGUCAAAUGGAGAAAAAAUUAAGAGUCUUGUGAGAUCUUCAAUAGAAAUAUGCGAAACAGAUGAAAAUGCCCAAGCUGAUGAAGAAUCACUUGAAAAAAAUAUAAUUGAAGAGAAACAAAAAAAAUCUUGGGAUGGUAAAAGUGAAUUUCAAAAUUUCCUUGCUAAAAUUGCUAAAGGAACUGAUAUAAAAAUUAAAAAAGCUGAAGCAAUUGAUAUUGAGAAAACAGCAUUGCAAAUACCAGUUCUUGAUUCCACACAGGUAAUGAAAACUGUAGAAAUGUUUACUCAAACCAAUGUCAUAACAAAGCCAGUUGCUGUUCAAACUAAUUCUUUGUAUGACAUUCCUAUGAAAAAUCAAGUUGCUUUGACGGCAGAACAGUCAGAGAAAGCAUGUGAAUUUUUAUCAGGUAUAGUAAAAACAACAUCAGAGCUAGGACAAUUAAUGACCCAAAAGUCUGAGGAUUUUAUUGAAAAAAAGAUUAACACCAAAAAUGUAACAGAUACAUUUAAAAUGGAUUAUUGUGUUAAAAAGUCUUUUUUAUUGUUUAAACUGGCAAAACACAACUUAGUUCAGAUGGAAGAAGAUUUAUCAAAACAUUAUGAAGAAUUUUUAAAAGAAAAUGAUUUAAUAAAACAUAGGGAAGAGGAGAAAGUUAUUGCCGCAACAUCAAAUACACACAGUGAUAGUGAUUGCGAAAUUGUAGAAGAACCACUAGUGAAACCAGGAAAAGAAAAACCCGCAUUUAACCCUAAAACAGUUUUUCUUAAUAAAGAAUUGUCAAUAAAAAUAGCAAAAAAAGCAACUGAAAAACCAAAACCCAAAGAGAAAUUAAACAUAAAAGGAAGGCACACAGUUUGGAUUAAUGAUUCAAUAAUGAUUAAAAAAGUUAAACCGAAUCAGUCUUUUUUAGCCCAGGACAGCCGAAAUAUAAAACCUCCUGAUACUUUUGUGACAGUUCAAAUGGUAAGUGACUUUUUUAAGAUAUAUGAACGACAGAAAGCUAUACAAAUUUGUGCACCCUAUGUUAAAAAUCAAGGAUUUGGUGACAAAACAUUCUUAUGCUAUUAUUUUGCUGAGAAAUCAUCCAAUAUACUUGAGAAUUCUCAUAUACCUUAUAAUGAACCUAUACAAAUUCCUGUUGCUGAAACAGAACCAAGCUCUAGAAAUGAAAACAACCUGACAUCAGAUUCAAAUAAAGUUAGUCCUCAGUCAUUAUGUUUAAUAUGUACUCAAAUAAUACAAAGGCAUAUGCAGUCAGAAUAUCCUAUUAUUGCAAAUACAAAGCAAAAAAUCCAAGAAAAUAUAACUUAUGUUGGUGCAUGUGAGAACAAAAAUGAAAAUACACAAAAACAAAAUGUUAAAUUAAAAGUUUCAUCACUUAAAACACUUUGUUAUAAAACAAUUAAGAAACUAAUGUACAAUCUUAAUUUUAGUGACAGUGAAGUUAAGACAGUUAUACCUGUAUGUGAGAAACAACUCAAUAAUAUGUAUGAGAAAAGCAAUAAUAUCUUAUUUGACAUCAAAUUAGAGGAUAUAUCAAAAAAUAGUGUAAAACCUUUAUUUUCUAUUUGUUUAAGCUUAAUACAAAAUUGCUUUAAAAAUGAAAAUAUCUGUGAACAACCAACUUUGCUAUACUGUCCUCAUUCAUUAAAAGAUAUAGCAUUUAAGAGACUCAAGAGCAUUUAUUAUAAUAAAACGACGGGAAAUUGCUUGCAAGAAAAUAAUUCGAAAGAUAGGCUUGAAUUAAAAACCUUAACAAAAAUAUGCAUUGAUAAAAUUUUAUCAAUAAUAAAUGAAAAUGCAAUCUUAGAUACCAGUAAAUGCAAUCAAAAAAAUAAUUCAAAACAAGCUGUAAGGUCUUUAAAUUAUCUCUGUUUAAAUAAAGUAAUGGGCUUACUAAAUCAACACAGUGAAUAUGAUGUUCAAGUAGAUAAUGAGGAACCAUUGAAUUUCUGUAUAGAUAAAGUUAAUACAGUGUCAGAAGAUGUGUUUUUAGAGGAUAAUUAUGAAAAUUACCCUGAGAAUGUUCACCAAAGCGAUCGAUAUAUGGAUGACGAAGAAUAUAAUUUAUGUGAUAGUGAGGACGUAAUUAAUUAUGAGUUUGAGUCCAGAGAAGAUGACAAUAAUUGGGUAUCACAAGUUCAGAUGAAAGAAUUGCGCUCUUGUACGGAUCCUAUAAUUACACAGGAAUGCGAAAAAAGUCAAGAAACUGAUAUUUGUCUGUUAAAUAUUAAAAUAGAACCUUAUGAUUAUGUAUCGGAAAGCAUUGGCGAGUCUUCUACGAUAAAAAUGGAACCUGUAGAAGUAGAAGAAACUCAUUUUGCACAAUUAGAUAUAAUUACAAAGCAAGAAAAUGUCAUUUCUAAUUCUUCAAAUAAAGAAGUUAUUCAAAGACAAAACUGCCACAGUUACGAUGUUGAAACUUUUGAAGCCUUUGUAAGUUCAAAUAAAAUGAUUUUAUCCAUGUCAAACAUUGAAUAUGAAGACGUUUUUACACAAAGUACUUCACGAGUUCGUAGACAUCAUGAGCCUGAUUCAGAUCACAAUAAUGAAACGUAUACUGAUACAAUGAACUUACUAGUACCACAAAAUGUAGAUACAGCUAAAGGGAGACUAAUGGAAAGUAGUUCAGAUGAAAGUAUAAACAAAUCAACUGAAAAAAAGAAACUAGAAAAAAGAAAACUUAAAUUUAAAAAAAAUAAAAAAGAUUUGCCACCAACGAAAGAAAAAUUAGUCCUCAAGAAUGAUGUUGCAAUAUUAACUAGAAGAAUGCGGGAUAAAAUUAGGCAAAAAGAGAAAACUAAUCAGUCGUCAGAUUCUGAAUUGGAGGACAUGACAUUAAAUCUAAGAAAGGAUAAGUCAAGCAACAUCGACAAAAACAAGAAAACUAAAUCAACAGAUAAUGAUUCGCCAGAAAAAGAAAUACAAUGUAAUGAUGUAGAUUCAACUGAAAAAAUUGAUGAUAGUUACAUAGAAAAAAAAGAAAACAAAAAUAUAAAUAUUCAGAUUGGGAGCAACAAUGAAAUUACUUUAGAUGGUGAAAGUGAAAACAAUCAAAACUUAAAUGCAAACGUUAUUGAACCGGUCCAUUUCAAUGGGCCGUUAUCGCCAUUAAUUAAACUAGAUGAACCCAUUGAACUUAUAGAAUGUCAACCUACAAUAUCUUUAUUAGAAAAUAUUAAUGAAGCUAACUAUGAGAUAGAUAAAGAGACAAAUUCAAAAGUACAAUUGAAUCUAGAUGACACAAUGCCAUUUGUUGAUCGCCAUGGUUGGCAGUGUUAUCCUAUUGAUGGUAAAGAUAGCAAAAUUUAUCAAUAUCCUUAUGUUUCAUUAGACAAACUACCAGAAUCGUUUGUGGAAAUAUAUUUCAGAUAUCAGGAUAUAACUGAUAAAAACAACGACGAUGCAGAAGUGGACAAAUUAACAAAUUUAAAUUCAUUACAUCAACGUACAGUGCAUAUCCAACCAAAAGAUAAAAAUAGGGGAAAAGUAAACAACAGUAAAAAAAAUUGUAACGAACCUGUGAAAGAAUGCAUCUCGCACGAAAAUUUACAAACUCGUGUUAAAGUUGAAGCACAUAAUGAACUCUCACCUUCAGAAGAUGAAAGAGAAUUCGAAGAUAAUGUUUCUCAUUUUGCGCCGAAACAAAGCUCCGAUAAUUAUUUGGCGAAAGAUUCGCUCAUGGACGACGACAGUGAAUCAGAAAAGAUUGACAAUAAGGAUACCAACGAAACUAAAGUUGAUGAUGAAAUUUGUCAUAAACCUAGAGCGGGGCGUUCGUUGAAAUCUAAAGAUAAAGACAAGUUUAAUCCUGAUGAUUUAAUGCUCACUGCUGACAAAAUGAUGAAUAAAGAAUUAGCGUUAUUACAUGCGCCUGUUGUUUUGAAAGAAGAAAUUGAAGAUAAAAAGGACUUCACAAUUAGACCUACCAGAAGUACUAAUAAAAAUACAACAAAAAUAAGUAUAAUAAAGGAACCAAAGGAAGAAGAUGACUCCUCAUCGGAAGAAGAAAAGCAAUGGUUUACGACGAAAGAAAAACUUUUGAAAAGAUUAGAAAAAAAACAGGAAGUUCCUAACGUGGACGACGCGAAACGCGCAAAGCUCGUGAGUGAGUUUAUCGAGAAGCGUGGAGACGGCAUCGAGACCAGACAACGCGCGCGACCGCGCCGACGCUCGAAGAAGAAGUUGCUCGAGCGACGCAAGCAGAUGAAGAUACUUUCAAGGGAACUCUUUGGAGAUGAGACCUCGCAUACGGGCAAGAAAUACCAAUCUCAGACCAAUAUGAGCAAGGGUCGUCGUAACAUACGGAAGGUAAUUGACAAGAAAUCAUUGGGUCGUAACACUGUUUUGGCGAAUAUGGAGGAAUUUGAGAGAAAACAGAGACUGAGUCAACGACAAGCGCAACUUAGAGAAGUUCUCGGCUGCGAAGAGGGAGUGAACGUGGUAGUUAUCAACGACGAGCUCUGUCUGGAAUAUGACUUUCAGGAGCUUCGGCCGAUCGUGACGGUCCAUCCAUUCUUCACGAAAGUCAUGAAGGCGCAUCAGUACUCGGGCGUGAAGUUCAUGUGGGACGCGUGCUUCGAGAGCGUGGCCGCGACGCGCGGCGGCGGCGGCGGCGGCUGCAUCCUCGCGCACUGCAUGGGGCUCGGCAAGACGCUGCAGGUGCUGGCGCUGCUGCACACCGUGCUGACCCACCCGAAAGUGGGAAUGCGUCGCGUGCUCGUGUGCUGCCCGCUGUCCACUGUGCUCAACUGGGUGGAUGAGAUCAACAAGUGGAUCGGACCGGUCACUAAUAAAAUCAAGCAACGCAAAAUAAAAAGGAAACUCCAGGUAUUCGAGCUUUCGAAAUUAAAAAAGACUUACGAACGCGCCUACCAGCUAGAGGACUGGUUCAACGGUGGUGGAAUUUUCAUUAUCGGCUACGAAUUAUUCCGGAGUCUGACAACCCUCGAUCCCAUGCUCGACAACGUGAGACCGACAAUCGUGAACAAGAUCCGAAUGGCGUUGCUGGACCCGGGACCGGAUAUGAUAAUAUGUGACGAGGGACAUUUACUUAAAAACGACUGUUCCGUUCUCGCCGUGGCGAUGAGCCGGGUCGUGACCAAGCGGAGGAUCAUACUGACCGGAACUCCCAUGCAGAAUAACCUGCGGGAAUACUAUUGUAUGGUCAAUUUUGUCAAGCCUAAUCUCCUUGGAACGUAUUCGGAGUACUCCAAUCGGUUCGAAAAUCCCAUAAUGAACGGCCAACAUAGAGAUUCAAGAGAGGAAGAUAUAAAACUCAUGAAGGCGCGAACUCAUAUUCUUCACAAAGUACUCGAAGGCUGUCUGCAACGGCAAGAGGCGUCGGUGCUGUACCCUUACCUGCCAAAGAAAUAUGAGUACACGUUGUUCAUAACGUUGACCAAGUGCCAACGGGAAUUAUACAACCAUUAUCUCUUCAAUUGUACAAAGGAGACUAAACAAAGUGUUCUUAAAGACUUUCACGUAUUACAAAAAAUCUGGACACAUCCCCAGGUUCUGCAAAACUUUUUAACGAGGGCACGAGAUGAUGGAACUGAUACUAAAAUUAAAGUGGAGAAGCUGGAGGACGACCUGGCGCGCGACGACCUGGGCGCGUCGGAGGACGCCAAGCCCGGCGCGGCGGAGGGCGGCUGGCUGCCGCACGUGGCGCCCCGCCUGCUGCACGCGCUCGACAGCUCCAACAAGUUCCUCGUCGUCUUCCGCCUGCUCGACGAGUGCGUCGAGCUCGGGGACAAAGUCCUCAUCUUCUCGACGUCGCUGUACACGAUGGACGCGCUGGAGUACUUCCUGCGGCGCGAGCGCGCGUGGGCGCUGGGCCGCGAGUACUACCGCCUGGACGGCUCCGUGCCGGCCGAGGUGCGCCAGAAGUGGUGCCGCGAGUUCAACGCGCCCAACAACGUCACCACCAGAUUAUUUCUGAUAUCCACACGAGCGGGAUGUCUCGGUCUAAACAUGACAGCGGCUAAUCGCGUUAUCAUCCUGGACACGUCGUGGAAUCCGGCUCACGACAUACAGAGCAUAUUCCGCGUUUAUCGCUUUGGGCAAAAGAAAGACUGCUAUAUCUAUCGUCUUGUAGCAAUGGGUACCAUGGAGCAGAAGAUAUACGAGCGGUCGGUGACUAAGCAAGCGGUGGCCUGUCGCGUGGUGGACGAACAGCAGAUCGAUCGACAUUAUAAUAUGUCCGAUCUCUCCGAGUUGUACAACCUGGACGAGGCGGGCGCGGGCGUGAGCGCGGGGCUGGCGGCGGGCGUGCGCGACGCGGCGCUGCUGCGCGUGGCGCGCGCGGACGCGGCGGGCGCGGCGCUGCACGCCGUGCACGAGCACGACUCGCUGCUGCGCGGCUCCGGCGAGAGCGGCCUGCCCGAGGACGAGCGCGCCGCCGCCUGGAUGCAGUUCCAGCAGGAGCACACCGCCAACCACACCACAAUAAAAAAUAUUGAGAUAGAUCUCCUAGCGGCCGAAAAAACCCGUGAUAAAAUUGUAGGUAACAAUGACAUCCAGUUACAAGCAGAAGCUGAAAAGUCUAAAAAUAUACAAGAACGAAAACCUAAAAGAGAAAAAAAGACCAGUACGACAAAUAGUUAUAUAGACUCACAGCCGUCGACUAGUCGGCAAUCAGAAUCUACUCUUAAACCAGAGGCCGAAGAAUCGAUGAUAAAAAAAAUAAUGGGCAUUCUUAUCAAACAUAACUUUCACACUACUAAAACAGCUGAAGAAAUUUCAGAUUUAGUUGUAGAUGUCCGAAAUGUUAUAGCUAAUGCUAAAAAGAAUGGUCUUGAUAAUGUUAAUCCUUUGACUGCAAGUAUCGCUAAGGUUUUACUAGAAAGCGAGGCUUUACCCAUAUCGGAGUCGAACAACGUGAGUCUUAAAGUAGACGUAAGCCAUUCUCCUGAAUCAGAGUCAACCGAAAUGAUAAUCGGUAUUCCAUGUGAUGAAGAUAUACGUAGUGCUGUUGAAACCCACGAUAAAGAUACAACCACACAAGAAUACUUUGAUAGGAAACGACGAAGAGAGCGAAAACAAUCGGAUGAGGAAUACGUCCCUGAAUCAAGGCGAAGGAAAAAGAAAGUAACACCUGGUGAAAAGCCAAAGAGAAAAAGAACGAAUGAAAAAAAUGGAGCAAAUACUAUUGAUGAUAGCUCAUUUGACUCUUCCGAGGUCCCCCGAACAGAAGCUCAGGAGUCUGCAUUAAUCGAAUCAGAAAAUAGUGUACCCACAAUAUUGCAGUCAGUUAUUAAUAGAACUUCCGACCAAAUAUUAACGAAGCAAUUGGUAAUAGAGGAAACAAUAGAAGCGAAAUUGUCUGAAAAAAAUAUGUCAGCGAAACAAAUCAAAAACAGUGACGACUGUAUGGUCGUUGAAAGCAUUCUACUGAGUGAUGAUGACGAUGAGCCAUUAGCUGCAAUAAAACCCACAGAAAAUGUUAACACGGAUAAUUCAAAAGAGAAUAAAAAGAACAAAGAUGAAGAAAACAACGAAAUAAUACCACUACAUCAAUCAUUACUAAUUAAUAAAAACUUUAUCAAAAUUGUAGCCCAUACGUAUUUGAGUGGAAAUCCAAUGUUAGACGAAGAUGCAGCGAUUCUUGCAGCUCAAUACAGUGCUAUUAAGGCUUUAAAAGAAGUUAAAUCGACUGGAAAAGAAAUUACCAGCGGUCCCAUAUAUGAUAUUGCAGUAAAGGUAUUGGGCAAGAGUUUGUUAAAAAAAUUACAAACUUUACGCGGGGGCAUGAACGAUUUUUCUAUGUCAAUUGAGCCAGAAAAUACUCACAAUCAAAAUGAUAUAACAACUGAAUCUUACAUUGAACCAACACUGAAAAAGGUUACCGUAACCGAAGCAAAGACAAAAAAAGCUAUCAAUAAAAAAUAUUUAAUUAAACAAAAGAAUCAUUCAAUAAAUAGUGCUCAGGAUUGCGGAAAUGAAAAAAAUUGUGUCGACCAGUAUGUAACAGAAUCUAAUGCUGUACCAAUCUCGUGCGGUUCACAUAGUGUAGUUCCAGUUGGAAUAUUCAAAGGUCCUGCGUCCAUCCAUACAAAUGAGCCGCCAUUGCAAGACGAAUGUAUAUUACCUGACGAUGACGAUGCCAUGAUUACCCCACUUAAUACGGAACCAACUUCCGCAAAUGAAGCCAUCUGCCAAAAGAAUGCUACUAGACGAAAUUCGCAGAAACUUUUAGUUAAUGCGGUCAUAGCCGAUAGCGCCAAAAUAGAAAAAAAUGCGAAAAAUGUUUUAAUUCAGCCAAAACCUGUAAAUUUAAUAGUUGCUCCUAUUUCUACAGGUAUUACGAAACCAACAAUAAUGAGUAUUGCGAAGGUAGGUCACGAGGUAGGAAUCACUAAUCCAGGGGUGUCGACGCAAUUAAGUGAUACAAUAUGCUUAGAUAGUGAUGAGGAUGAUAUUACAUCGGAUAUCAGUAAUGUCAUGCCAGUUCGAGAAGAACAGAAUGCGACACCUAUUACCAAACCUCAGAAUGUCGCUGUGGAUUUACCAAUUAAUAGUCCAACAAGGUUAAACAAAAAAAAUGUCGUUUUUCCGGCUUUAAAAGAAACUUCCAAAAGCAUCCAAUCGACAGCUGAUAUUAAUAAAGUAAAUCCUUCUAGUAAAAAUACCAAGGAAAGUGUACGAUCUUCAUUAACUGCUAAUAAGGAGUCUAAGUCACAAAAAAUACUAAAUAAAACAAACUGUAAGCCCGGAGAUAUUUUAAGAAUAUCAGAAUCAGGCAAAAUAGAAGUUUUAAAAAGGACUGACCACUUGCCAGCUUCUGUUUCCUCUUUCGCAAUAAACGAAGCUCGGGGUCAAACUCCCGCAGAUUCGGAGUUUAUUACUAAUGACUGUCAGAUUAUAACUCCAGAUGUAAAUAAAUAUUUCAUAGCGAAAACAGUUUAUAGCACUCCUAAAAUAGUAACAGAGAAAAAAGAUCCUAAAAAUAUGAAGGAAGUCGAAAAAUGUAACAAUAGUAUUCACUCAAAAAUUAAAACUCCAGAUCCACUCUCAGUACUCGAUGAUGUAAUACAUAUACCAUCCGAUGAAAAUGAGAAGACUAUCACGAAACCUUACAAAAAGGCAGAUAAAUUAACUUUGACUCAGGAGGCUUUCGUUGCAAAAGAUAAUAUAAAAUCAACAAGGGAUACCAAGAUAAUCGCUCGUCAGUCGACGAAAAUUAACAUUAAAAAGGUAGAAGAAAAAAAGGAAGUAACAAAUGCAAAUAAUAACAUAGAUCUUACAGCUACUAAUACCAAAGUAUCGAUUAUUACUCCAUCGACAAGGAAGCCAGAAAUUAAAAAUGAGAAAUCUACUAUAAAAAGGUGCGCAAAUAACGAGAAAAACUCUUCGAACUCAUAUGUUUCCAUUGCAAAAAUCAUAGAAGCACGUCAGCCGACAAAUAAUAUUAAAAAGGUGGAAAAGAAAAAUGUAGAAACAAAAAAUGACGUAAUAAACAGAAAUAAUAAAAUAGACCUUACUACUUGUGACAGAGUAUACAAUAAUGCUCCGUCCGCGAUCACGAAAGAAGAUAAUAUGAAAGUAAUCGAUCUAACAGAGAAUUCCUCCGUAAACGAUGCGGGCACAAGAAUUGCAAUUAAAAAAAAAGAUUCUGUCGCUAUUGCAGGCACCUCGAAAGAUAUAAUUAUAAACAAAAUUGGCACUUUAUUGAACAAUUCGAAAAAUAUUCUGACGAAAGAUGUGACAAAAGUAUUAAAUAAUAAAACAAGUGCAAGGAAGAACGUCACUAUAACUUUACAGAAAGUAGCUACGAGUGACAACUUGAAACGUACAUCGCCGUGGCAGGAGUCUGAUAUUAAGAAGAUAAAAGCAGAAUCUUCAAGACCGAUGUCUCUCAAAGACUUCAAUCUUGACGACUUUGAUGACAUCAUAGAGUUAGAAUAAUAAAUUAUAUAUUUCGUAUAAAAUACGCUUGCACAUGAUUAUGACUGGUACACGUUCAGUUUUAUGAUAAAAAAUAAGUACUAUUAAUGAGUCAUAUCGUUUUAUUUACUAUUUUAAUGUUUUUUCAAGCAAAUGACUGUAUGAUUUUUGAUUGUGAUACUAAAUAUUUUAUGUUAAAGAAAUUAUUUUUAAUUUAGUUUAUGAUUAUUAUUGCACUUUUAUAGUACUAUCGCUUUAUAAGACAUAAAAUUUAUAAUUAGAAGUAUAUUAUAGUAGCCUUCCUAGCAGCUAUUAAGUACUAAUAUUGAAAGUGUUAUUGAAUGUGAUUCUAUUUUUAUUUUUAAAAUUAUAACACGAAGUCAGCAAAAUUUGUUUUGUUAAAAAAAAACGAAAAGGAAUGUUUGAUAUUCUAUUCCAUAAUAAUUGCAUGUUUGCUAGAAAUAUGUCACAUAACAAUAAGUUAGUGUAAAUCUUUAAAGUUAUAAAAAUAUAUAUAAUAUAUGUCAGUCGGGCGCUGCGUCGCCCCUUUGCAAUACAUACAACUAAAACAUGUUUAUGUAAAAUUAAAAUUUAUGUAAUCUUUGAAAACAAAGAUAUCAUCAUCAUUUCAUAUUUUAUUUUAUUUUUCACCUGCGAUUUGCCUCGAUUAAAUCAAAUU